AUUGGGUGGAAUGGUGACAAUUAUUAUUGGCAUCAAAUGCUUAUUGGGAAUCUCACUAUUACUCAAUUCCAAGAUCUACACAACCAACCCACGAAAUUAUUCACUCAUCCAUUGAAUCACCCAAAUGCAACUAUCUUUUUCCAUCUAUCUCAUUGGCCAAACCUCCUAUAUUCUAGACACAUAUAUAUAGAUAUAAAUAUUAUUCAAAUACAAAGAAAAAUGGGAUUUUUUUUCUUUCUUUUUUGGAUGAGUGAGUGUGUACUAAGCAAACAAAAAGCAAAAGUAAUCACUAAUCAUCAAUAGUAUUGUGUGUUUAGUGUAUGUUUUAGUGAAUGCUGAGCCAAAAAGGUAACAGAAGCAGCAUAUUAAACACAACUUUUUAUCACAGAAUAAUACCCUUCAAAUUUUACAUCAUUCUGGUAUCAUCUUUAUCAUUUUUUGCCCACAUUACCAUCUUUUUAUGAUGAAAUUUGCAAUCUUUAUUGCUAAAAUUUGUAGAUAAUAAUAGAAAGGUUGCAACUUUAUGUUGGGUAUGCUGUCAUUUCAAGGUUAGGGUUUGCUUUUUGAUUUGGGGAUUAUGAUUUCAAUAUCUUUUUGUAGUGUUUGAAUUGAUUUAGGGCUAUUUCAAUUGAAAUCUUGAUUUGAUUAUUAUGGGGUUUAGUUAUAGAUUAAGAAAUUUAGGGUUUUAAUCAUCCAGGUUAAUCAAGUUUGAUACUUUUUUAGAAAUAAUGGAUUCUGGGUUUCAUUAUGACCGAAACUCGAGCUCUGCGGUGAAUCGACAUGCGAUUUCGUUUCAGUCAAGUGGGAUGGAGAGUACUUCUGAGAUGAUCAUGAUGGGUGAUUAUUACCAAAUGAAUAGUACUGCAACUACAAAUACACCAAGAUUUAUAGGAAAUUCUAGCUUAGCAAAUAGUUAUUCAGGGUUUACACAGUCUGCGAAUUCUAAUGGUUCUGUUUUUGGGGAUUCGGGUCCGGGUUUAAAGCAUGAUGCAGGUUUGGCUGUUGAGUGGUCUGUUGAUGAACAACAUAAAUUGGAGGAAGGACUUUCCAAAUUUUCAGACGAGCCCACCAUCAUGAGGUAUAUCAAGAUUGCCGCCACAUUGCGUGACAAAACUGUUCGUGAUGUUGCCCUAAGGUGUAGAUGGAUGGCGAGAAAGCGAAGGAAACAUGAUGAACCACAUAAGGGGAAAAGGUUGAAAGAUAUGAAGGAUAAUUUGGUGGAAUCAUCCUCAAAGCCAAGUAUAUCAAAAGUUCCAGUAUUCAAUGUGGCUCCAUUUUCUGUCUCCAUGAAUAACCGGGUCCAAAUUGACGGUGUUACUUUUGAAGCAAUCAGUGGCUCUAUUAGACACUUAGUCGAACAAAACAACCAAGUUCUUGGUCAGAUAUCAGCUAAUAUUUCUUCAAUGAAACUGCAGGAUAAUAUCAACCUCUUCAGCCACACAAAGAAUAAUAUAGCUGCCAUUUUAAACAACAUGAGGUAUAUGCCCGGGCCGCCAUUGCCUGUAUCACUAAACGAGAAUCUUGCAAAUAGUAUCUUGCCCACUACAAGUCAGAAAAUGAUGUUUGAGGUAUCAAACCGUACGCAUAUGAAGCAAGAGCCAGGGUUUUGAUUUGGAGUUCUUCGAGUUUGGCUGCAAGUACAGAAUUAAACUGAUGUAAAUUCUAAUAGCUAUACCUGUGCAAAUCUGUAUUGAUUGCCUAUAUGAGUCCAAAUCCUAUUAUAACGAAAACUUGUAGAGAUCCCAUUUUUGAAAAGCUAAAAGCAUUUAGGUCACUGCUCA